UAAUAAUUAGUCACUAUGGAUUGCGGUGGAGUUUUUGUUAAAUAUGUGCUUUUUGUAUUCAAUAUAUUGUGUUUGAUAUGCGGUAUUUUGCUUAUUAUAUUUGGGUCAAUUUUGGUGUCGCAUAUCAAACACUUUUCCGACUUCGAGGAAAUUUACCAAGCGAAUAGUGUGUCUAUUAUUAUACUGAUCCUCGGAUGUGUUAUCUUUAUCGUUGCGUUCCUUGGAUGCUGCGGUGCCAUUCGCGAGGAUGCCUGUGCCCUUACAACGUACUCAAUCAUCAUGUUGUGUUUGUUCUUGUGUCAAUUAGCUCUGAUCAUCUAUAUUUGGGUAGAUCAUGUGCAAAUACGUGAGUCUCUCGAUAAAGUCGUGGAAGCCAUUUGGAAUCAGAGGAAAUCGUCGAAUGCCUUAAUGAAUAGUCUGCAGACAACUUUACAAUGCUGUGGCCUGAACAAAUACUACGAUUAUGGAAUACCCCCCUACCCAGCAUCAUGCUGUGAUUCACCAACAAAUGGUUCGUGCUCAGUGAUCGCCGUCUACAGUCAGGGUUGCAGGGCUCGAGUUGAUUAUCUUUGGGACACAAAUGCCAACAUUAUCAAAUAUGCUGGUCUGGGCGUAACGGCAAUUGAGUUGGUCGCGUUCAUAUUUGCAUUCUGUUUGGCGAAUCAAACCCGGAACAGCGACAGACGCCAAAAUUAUUAUAUUUGCCUAUUCGUUUUCUUUGAGUCAAAUCAAAAACAGUUUUUCGUCGAAACAGACGUGCCGCGCGCGUAUCAACUUGUAAAAAAAGAAUCCAGAAAAGGAAACAAAAGCUAUAACAAAAUGGAUUGCGGAACGUCUAUGGUUAAAUACAUACUCUUCGUAUUCAAUACCAUCGUGUCGAUUAUCGGCAUAUUGGGCAUUGUCUAUGGCGUGCUCAUCCUGCAGAGCAUUGGCACCAUCGAGGUCAAUGGACAGGUCGGAUUCCCACCGCAGGCAGCAUUGCCUAUUAUUAUGAUCACCCUGGGCUCGGUUGUGGUAUUCAUCUCAUUCCUGGGUUGCUGUGGAGCAAUACGCGAAUCUGUGUGUAUGACCAUGAGCUAUGCCGUGUGCCUGCUGAUCCUGCUCAUUCUGCAAUUGACAAUUGUGGUGCUGCUGUUCACCAAUAAGGAGAAGUUUGAUACCGCCAUGGGUGAUGUGAUUGACAAGGCCUGGGAAUCGCGGGAGGCACGUGAGGGUGGUGUUUUUGAUGCCAUUCAGAAAUCGCUGCAUUGCUGCGGACGCAAUGGUCCCCAGGAUUAUACGGUUUCCGUGUUCACCCAGGGAUUGCCAGCGAGCUGCUGCGAAGGCACCUGCCUUAACCCAUUGAACUAUUAUGGCGGUUGCCAUGCCAAGUUUGUUGACUUCAUGUCCGGCAGUAGUGAGAAGGCCAAAUUCUUUGGACUGGGCUUGAUUGGUGUGGAGCUGAUUGGAUUCAUCUUCGCCUGUUGCCUGGCCAACAAUGUGCGCAACCACAAGCGCCGUAAUGGCUACUAAAACAAAAUUUGCAACACCCACUAUGCGCAUACACACAUAAACAUGCACAUGGCAUACAAACACACACAUUCGCAUUAAUUCUUUAAUAUGUAUUGUCGUAGAACGCACAUGAGGAAAAUUAAAAACAAUUCAGAAUAUAUUUGAAGUUAAUCGUUUGGCUGGACAAAUAUUUAAGUUAUUUCUUUAAAAAAAAGUUUGCAACUGAAUGAAAGAUUAAGUUAAAUCGAGAAAUACUUAUUGUAAGACGCUUACAGUUUGUACAACCAUCUAUUUUGUAUCUAAUUGCUCUUAAGCUAAAUCAAACGAGUCCAAAGUCGUUGUACAAAUCAACAAAAUAACAAUAAACAAACACUGCUACAACAUAAAAUAAAAAAUCAACAAAGUUACAACUCAAUAAGAGCAAUCUUAAUGUUAAAGUUUAUCUUUUUUCUUUUCAUUUUUUUAAAUUUAUAUACAUAUAUACAAUGUAGUGUUAAAGCCCUAUGCUAUAUUUGUACCAGUUGGCAAAAACAUGUGUCCAAAACCAUAUAUUUAUAUUUACAUACUUAUGUAUUAUAUAUGUAUACAUACAUUAAAAGCUGUUCAUCAUUUUA